AUGAUCCAAACUUUGAUACAACCCCAUGCCUUAAUGCUGCUGCUGCUGUUUCAGGGGCUGAUGAAGAAUUCCUUCUCUUUGAUGGAGGUUCCUGAGAUGAAAUUUGAAGAAAUAGAACCAAUGCCUGAAACACUGAAUUACCUAGAAAGAAGAUUCAAAGUCUAUUUCGGUGACUACCCCAUCAAAAACAUCACAGCCAUGGAGUACUGUAACCAAAUGGUGAGACGUAGACAUGUCAUGGAUCCUAUAAACAUAUGUAAGUCACACCAUUACUUCUUUCACCAACCAUGGUUCAAACUCGAAAGCCUUUGUGAGUAUGAGCAAUAUCCAUGCACAAAGCUAGAAGGCAACUGCCAUCUGAUCAAAAAAAUUGAGAUUACACAUUGUGAGUUAACUGCAGGAGUAACUUAUCCUAAUUGUGUCUACUCAUCUAAGAAGAAAAAUAAGCCACUGGUAAUCCGCUGUGUUGAAGCAAUGGGCACAAAUAUCCAGGUCCCUCUGGAGGUGGACAAAAUUUUUGAAUAA